UACGAUAAAAAAAGGACCAGUUUUAUGCAAGAGAACCUCAGAUGUCAAAGCAUCACCAGUAGCCUCUGCCCAAUUAACAAUGGUAAAUGGAGUGAGCUAGCAUACAUUGCUGACUUGACAAAGUUCUUCCAUGCUGUUGCUCACAACAAGACUGAGGUCAUUGCACAAAUUAUUGCAGACAGCAUGGGUGUUAACUACCAAGACCAC